GUCAUCUUGUUUAGUACGCAUGUUCUGCGCACAAAGACAGUGGCGUGCGUCGCAGUCCCACUGUUUUCAUGCUGAGGUAGUCGUAGAAGGGAGCGGAGAUACGAAACAUUUUCCCAUGUGUUACCCAAACGCUCAGUUAUACAUGCCAUCAAAUUCUGUUACAAAUACUUGUGUGGUGUGGAAGUAGACAACUUCAUUCCGUUAAAGAAACGAAAUGGUCUGGCGCUCAAGGGGCGCGCGCGGUCUCCUCACUUCAGCACUCUGGACAGCGCUCCACCAACUUGGAGACGGCGAAACUUGGAGUUAAAUUCUGGAAUGAGGACCUUGGAGAUAAACGACGGUGGAAUCAUGGUGGAUAUUAAGUGUAUAUUAUCUACAGGUGCAUGCAAAACGCAAGUGGACUUUUUCAAGUGAGACAUGGACUUUGCGGAAAUUAUCUUCACGUUGUUCAUUGUUGUGGUCGCAAUUGUCUCGUUGUUGUCGAACUUGCUGGUGCUGCUAUGUUUUGUCCAGAGCACCGAGAUCCGCCGACAGGUACCGGGUAUAUUCAUCAUGAACCUGUCUUUUUGCAACAUACUUAUCACCCUUUUAAACAUGCCAUCGACAUUGGUGGGGAUUGUCAGAAACCACCAGCCUUUUGGGGAUUGCCUUUGCCAUACAGUGAGCUUUCUGGAGACCUUUUUGACUGCGAACACCAUGUUGAGUAUGGCAGCACUCAGUAUAGACCGGUGGAUAGCAGUGGUGUUCCCCUUGAGUUACUCCAGUAAAAUGCGCUACAAGGACGCAGUGAUCAUGGUGUGCUACUCGUGGCUCCACUCCCUCACGUUUUCCCUCAUCGCCCUCCUGUUCUCCUGGGUUGACUAUAGCCACAUUUACGCCUCGUGCACAAUGCAUUUGAGCGAGGAGAGCGACAGGAUCAAGUUUACAAUUUUCACCGUCGUUUUCCACGCCAGUAGUUUCCUACUCUCCCUGCUGAUCCUGUGCUUCACCUAUCUGAAGGUGCUAAAAGUUGCACGCUUUCACUGCAAGAGGAUUGACGUUAUAACCAUGCAGACGCUGUUCUUGCUGGUGGAUAUUCACCCAUCUGUGAAACAAAGGUGUCUGGUAGAACAAAAGAGAAGGAAACAGAGAGCCACCAAGAAAAUCAGCAUUUUCAUUGGGUCAUUCAUCAUCUGUUUUGCUCCCUAUGUUAUUACGAGGUUGACCGAGCUGCUUCCCUUUGUGGGCAUCAACCGCCACUGGGGAAUUGUCAGUAAGUGCCUGACAUACAGCAAAGCGGCGUCUGACCCCUUUGCCUACUCCCUCCUGCGUCUACAGUACAAGAAGGUCCUGGUUACCGUCGUCAACCGGUUGCUGCGCCGUGACCUGUACCCCUCAUCUGGCCACAACAGCUCUCUGGACACGGAGAACGACUACUCUCUCCAGAGGAUCAGUUAAUGUCACCAUUAUGGACAUAACAAAUAUACCACAGACAGACCCAAAAUAAAGGUUUCCUCAUGGAAAGAGGGAGGGAGGUGAGAGAGAGAAGGAAGAGCGCAAGAGAGAGAGAUUGGAGAAAAGGGGAUUGUAGGAAAUAGGAGAGAGCGAGAGAGAGAGGGAGGGAGGUUGUGGGAGGGGAAGAGGUGGAUAGAAGGAGACAGCAGGAAAACAGGCGGGGUAGACGGAGGAAGAGCGGGCAAGACGGAUAGACUGCACAGAGAAUGAUCGCGUUCAGGGACGUUUGCUCCAGACGAUAUUGGUAAACAAGGGAGUCUGAUAAUCCAUGAUUCACUGGCAGAGCCACACACACACACACACACACACACACACACACACACACACACACACACACACACACACACACACACACACACACACACACACACACACACACACACACACACACACACACACACACACACACAGAGAGCCAGAAUCAAAUGAAUCAAUGUUAUUGAAUCAGCCAGGGGUUCGGUCGAUUCAUAAAGGGAGGGAUCACUCCACUAGAGUCUGAAUGCUAGUGGGCUCUUAUAACAUAAUAACCUCUUUAUAAAGGAGAUGUCAUACUUUGCUGGUCUCAUUAAUAUAUUUUAUAACACAUCUCCCCCAGACCUUAAUGGAGGAUCUGACAAAUUUCGCAAUAUGUUCUUUCUGGGUGUCUGAGGUUAUGUACUGUCAACGGUACAGAGUGGAAGACGGGAAAGCUUAGCUACCGGCUGACCAGUAGCCAUUCGGGCACUGGUGCAAUUUCAAGGGGCAUCAAUUAAUUUCUUGAAGUUAAAAUGUGAACUUUUCAAUGAAUGGUACUUGCUGUGGCAAAUGCUACCAACUAGAUAGCCAUGUUAUGUAGCCUAUGGACUGUGUUUUAGACUUCUACUGCAGUUGCUCACCAUUUCACAUCAAUCACUGGAUAUUGAUGCACUUUGUAUUUCUCUCAGAGCUACUAGUUAUAACAGCCAAAGGCAAAUGCCAUCAUGUUUACUAUGAUAGCGUGUUGUAACUGAAUGUACUGCAGGUAUUAAGAUCAUUUUGACUGAAAUAGAUUUGUACUAUUGUGUCUAUUGUAAUACUUUAUUCUGCCAGGUGAUUGCUGGAAAUGUUUAUAUGGAUAUUUAUAAAUAACGGAUGUUAUCUUUAUCAAUCUAUUUUGCACUGUAUGAGAAACCAUAAUAUGUAUUUGUUUAAAUGAUCUUCAAAAUAAAAAGAGACGUUCUAUAGCAGAAGAAUGUUAUGUUAUGUUCAAGUAAGUGCUUUAAAACACGUUAUUGUGUUCGUGCCAGAAUUCAAUAUAUGACUGUUUGGCUUUUCAAUAGUUGCUUUAUCAGAACCUGAUUCUUUUUAGAUGCACCAAGCACACAUGUAUUUCAUUGUGCAGGCCUAUGCCACUUGCUGUACUUUGGCAGUGUGUGAGUAAAGCUGUUGGUGAAAAAUGUGCAAUAAAGCUGUCAAAUAACAA